AUGGAAAUCACAUUUUACUGUUUUAAGAUCCCGAUGCUGGCUCACGUCGGGCGUCGUCGACUGUCGGAGGGACGGAUCAGGAAGCACGGAGUCGCUGAAUACGUUCUUUCAAUAUUAAAGCCACUCACUUCAUUCACCCCUGCAUAA